AUGGCCACGUACCGCACCGCUGGCACAACGCCAGAUUCCAAUGGACUUGGUCCGGUACUUGUCCGCUUCACCACUGAGAAGGCCUUCCCUGAUGAGACAAUAUCCUCGCUCAAGAUCAAAUCUGAUGAGCUGCCAGCUGCAAUCAAAGCACUAGACGGUGCCAAGGCGAAACUUCAGCAAGAUAUACAUCAAGUCAACCAGGAGACCGCAGACGACGUUAACACUUGGUACAAUAAUGCCAAAGUGCUCCAGGACGACAUCAACCGCUCGAAACAAAUCGCCAACGACAUAAUAAGGCAGUCUGAGGAACCUGAAACAUCUGGCAAGACGGUCGAAGAAGCAGAGGCGAGAGCCGCAUUCCUCAUCCGAGAGUUGAAUUACAACGAUGAACUUAUACAGACUCUGAGGGCCAUCAAAGCCAUCAAUACCGUUCUGGAUGAAGUGGAACAGGCAUGUGCAGAAAGGCGCAUAGUGGAUGCGCUAAGGCUUCUUGAACAGUCAUGGGCAAAGUUGGAUAGUGUGUCCAAUAUCGGCUCCACCAAGGCUAUUAAACUCUUGAAUGUUCGUGCAUUUGAGCUCAAGUCGGAUGUCCACCAAGUCUUUGAUCAUGUGUGGAAUUCCCUUGUACAUUUGGAUGACACCAAGAAUGAGCUGUCAGUGCAGCAGACUUGCGAUGGCGAGCCCAUGAACCUCUCAGAUGCUGUCAUUGGCCUGAAGGCCUACAAGGAGGUCGACAAGCGGAUGACUGACCUUUGGCUUGGGCUUGACCGGUCAAUCAUUGGCCCACGGAUGAACCUUCGCGCCAAGACCCUUCCUGCAAUCAAAGUUGGGGAGCAUUCGGUCCAGGCAACAGGCCAGGCUGACAAAACAGUCAAAUCACUUUUUUCGGAUCUCACGCAAAUACUUGAAUUUCUCGCAAAAGUGCUCCCGAGCGAUCUUGUGCAGUCCAUAUCGGCCGUCAUGAUGCCAGAGGUGACGACAAGGCUAGUUCAUGUAUGGCUGGAUUCUGUGGUGCCAUCUUCUCUCGCAGAAAUGGCCGAAUUUGAACCAGUCAUAGCUUCAGCACGAGAAUUCUGUGAAUCUUUGCUAAGACUGAAAUAUGAAAGCUAUGGUGAGCUGCAAGAGUGGGUUGACAGCGCUCCAAAAGUAUAUCUUGCAAAGUGCCGGGCAGCAGCUUUGGAUUCAGUGCGGGUGAAGCUCACAGGUGGGCUUGGACCUUCGAAAGAGGUUGAGCGAGUAGAGACGCAGACGGUGACCAGGUCGGAAGGCAAAGAAUUGGCUGCAAGUGGCCCAUCGGCGGCGGUUGCCGUCGCAUCUGAUGACCAUGGAUGGGACUCGGCGUGGUCUGACCAUGAAGAUGAGGCGCAAGCCUCAGAGGCCUCGAUAAUCAAUGCAUCUUCGACGGUAGAGCCGGAAGACGAUGGGGCCGACGCCUGGGGCGCCUGGGGUGACGACGAUGACGUUCAGCAAAGCAAGCCCUCGGAUUCUACAGCAGAUACAACAGACUCAACACAAGUACCAAAUCCCGCCACUAAAGAAAGUGUCAAAGAAGAAGCCGGCAAUGAUGAAGCAGAUGGCGCGGAUGCUUGGGGUUGGGGUGACGAGGACACCACUGGUGACAGCGGAGCCGUUGCUCAGCCUGCGUCUCCGGUAGCUUCAAAAUCCCAGCCUGCUACCAAAGGCGGGCCCAGCACACGCGAGAUGACUCUGAAAGAGACAUACUACAUCUCAUCAAUGCCAGAUCCGGUUCUUUCUCUUAUUUUUGCACUUAUCGAAGAUGGUGCUUCGCUAACGCAGGAGAGCCACCAGAAAAGCCCGGUUGUUGCCGCUGCGGCUGGCCUCUUCAGUGUGCCGACGCUUGUGCUGGCAAUGUUCCGAGCAAUAGCACCAUACUAUUAUACAUCUGAGGUUGGCGGAAAUAUGUAUCUGUACAAUGAUGCAUCGUAUCUCGCAGAGAAGCUGGGAGACUUUGCCUCCAGUUGGAAAGCCAGGGAUGACUUGACACCUCGAGCCCGGAAUAUGCUCAGGAUAGAAAACGACAUCAAGGCAUUGCAAGGGUUUGCAAAUCGAGCGUAUAGCAACGAGAUGAAUACCCAAAAAAUGAUUGUCAAAGAUCUUCUUGGCGGCGAGCAAAGUGUGAUGCAGCGAAACUUUGUCGAAGCAGCUAUAGACCAGGUCAGAUCAAUAGCUGGAGCCUGGGACGGUAUCCUGGCCAAAUCAGCAUGGUUCCAGGCUGUGGGCUCUCUGGUUGAUGCUGUCUCUACGAAGGUCAUCAAAGACGUCAUGGACAUGCCGUCCAUCGGCGCGGAUGAGAGCUACAAUAUUGCCAGCAUGAUCGACAAAAUCACGGGACUCGAUGACCUCUUCCCGCCGAUCCGUACUGCCGAGAGCGAAGCUGAAGGGAGCUUCGAGAUUCCAUCUACAUCCCAGUACGUUCCAUCUUGGCUACGUCUCGGGUACCUAUCUCAAGUGCUGCAGUCCAACCUUCGCGAUCUGCGAUACCUGUGGAUCGAGGGCGAGCUGAGUCUGUACUUCACAUUGGAGGAGGUUCUGGACCUUAUUGAUGUCAGUUUCGAGGACAACUCGAGGACACGUGAGGUUGUCAAGGAGAUCAAAGCCAACCCUCAGCCUAUUCAGAUAUAA